AUGCAAAACUAUUUAGUGGUCGCUUUCUCGAUUGGGUUAGCUUUCAUAAAUGCUGCUAAGGCAACUACAAGCGAGUACGAAAUGUUGGAAUUUACAAAUGUUGGUUUUACUGGUACUUUUCAGCCGGUAAGUGAAUUAUUGGAUAUUUACAACUCUUCCUGUACAUGUGAGGUUGGGGAGAGGGUCACUUUUUCUGGUACUAAUGCGCCUUUAUCUCACUAUUUAUCUGUGCAUUUCCGUGGUCCACUCUCUUUGAAGAAGUUUGGUUAUUACUAUUCCGAUAAUUAUAUUAUUGGUGAAUCCUCUUCUGAUAGCUGGACUCGUGGAGCAUACUAUGAUUCAGAGUCUCAAACUACUUCCAAUGUGACCUUUCUAACCAAAGCUGGUAAGUAUUCUCCAUGUUUAGCCAAAGCUCUCACCUAUGCAACAAGUAACGGUACUUCAGCUGCUGAUUCAAGUACAGUAUUGGAGUCUGAAAAUUAUAUAUCCUCUGAUGAAGAGUAUACCAUCUUUUCCAGCGUUGAAUGUCCAGAGUCUGGUUUAGACAAUGAUUGCGGUGUCUAUCGUGAAGGAAUACCUGCAUACUACGGUUUCUAUGAUACUACAAAGAUGUUUUUAUUCGAGUUUGAGAUGCCAACUGACACAAAUAAUACAGCAGAGACAGUAUCUAGUUACGAUAUGCCUGCAAUUUGGUUACUAAAUGAUCAUAUUCCAAGAACUUCUCAAUAUCCUUCAAAUGUUAAUUGCUCUUGUUGGGAAAGCGGGUGUGGUGAAUUUGACAUAUUUGAAGUCACAAAGAGCGCUGCCACUAACGAGCUUUAUUCUACUUUUCACACAUAUCAGGGAAUUUCCAACAUUGAGGAAGGUAUUCCCUCUGAAGGAUGGUUAGAGAGAACUACUGGUGCAACUAUGAAAGGUGGUGUCAUAUUUGAUUCCAAUGGAACGACUGUCACUUUCCUUUCAAAUGAUACCGUUUUUGAUAGUACCAUCUCAGCUGUCGCCAUGAAUGCAAUUUUGGCGGAGUUCUCUUCUGACGAAAUUUGGAGUACGAGACUCGCUGAUGUCGCUGUUGCUGAUGUUGAAGUUCUGACUAGCUCGUCUGCAUCUUCCUCAUCUGCUUCUUCAAGUGAAUCCACUUCAUCCCUAGUAUCUACAUCUGCAACUGAAUCAACAACUACUUCAGUUACUACCUCUAAAUCAUCGUCUGUUUCAUCUGACAGUAUUACAGCAUCUUCUAAGUCCUCUACACAAAUAGUAGAUGCUGAAGAAAGAUCUACUUCUUCCUCAUUUUCCACCUCAAGUAGAAUCUCAUAUUCUAAUUCCACUGUAGCAGCUACAAAAACACAAGACAUUGACGCUGAAGACAAAUCAGAAACAGCCUCUUCGUCUUCGUUGAAACCAUCUUCUAUGAACGACGAGGGAUCCCUGACUACUGCAACUGUCUAUGCCACCGAGGUGGUUAUAGAUACCGUCACAUCGUGUAGUGGUACUGCCGGUUGCUUCCCUGAAAUAGUCAGCACUUCGACAACUUUAUCUAGAACAGCUGAAAUUGCAGCAGAAAGCAAGAUUAUGUCUGUCACCACGAUUGUUGAUUAUGCUACUGAAACCGAGGUCGAAACAAUCACCUCAUGUUCCGGUGUGGAAGGUUGCUCUAUUAUGACGCUUGACAAUAGUAGCAUUUCCACUGCUGUUUCCACCUAUACAAAGGCCACAUCUAACGACAAUGUAGCCAGUAACGAGAGUGGUACAACGGGAACCGAAAGUAGCAAGGCUUCUGUUGCUCAUACUGGGACAACCACCGAGACUACGAAGACAGUUGUCGACACUGCCACCGAGACAGAGACAUCGUCAUCCACAGGCACUAUAAGAAAUGGGCAGGUGUCAGCAAUUACGGUAAGCCAGGUUAAUUCCACUGAAGCUUCAAUCUCUACUGUUCAAAUCAUGGAACAAUCAAGCAAUGGAGCCCAGUUACGAUACAAGACAAGCCUUUUGACGCACCAUCUUCAACUUCUUUUUACUUCUAUAGUACAGGUCCUUAUUUUCGCCUAA